CCUGCCGCUGUGCAUGAGGUUGGCGGGCUGUGCUGGAUUUUUGUGUGUUGGCUUUAUUUAGUUGAAAUUUGGAGCGGAACUGGAGCAGAAAACUUUUUAGCAAAAUAACUCAUUAAAACGCGGACUCCUUUCAGUGAGAUUAGUUAGCGGUGGUCGCUCAGCCAUGCCCUCCAGCGCUGGACCCAGCAGCCCCGCCGCUGCUCUCGCCGAAGCGCUGGAAAACUCAUCCCGGCUGAUUGACAGACACCUGCAGGAUGACCGCCUCUUUCCUGACCUGUCGGAGCUGCUCAGCGUCCCUUCUCACAACAUGCCAUCCCUCUCUGGAGUGUCGGACAUGGACUACCCUCUGCAGGGGCCCGGGUUGAUCAGUGUGCCAAAUCUCCUGGAGCUCAGCGCGGUCCGCAGAGUCCCGCUUCCUCCUGAGCUGGUGGAGCAGUUCAGUCAUAUGCAAUGUAACUGCAUGAUGGGAGUUUUUCCUGAGAUCUCCCGAGCAUGGCUAACUAUUGAUAAUGACAUCUUCAUGUGGAAUUACGAAGAUGGAGGAGAUGUUGCCUAUUUUGAUGGGCUCAUUGAAACCAUCCUGGCUGUGGGUCUUGUAAAACCAAAACAAGGGAUUUUACAGCCACACAUUCACUACCUCUUGGUUUUGGCCACUUCUGUGGAUGUAGUGAUCCUCGGACUGAGCUUCCCCAAGAGCCAGGCUGGACUGAAUGACAGCAUGUCAGGGGGGAUGCAGCUUCUCCCGGAUCCCCUUUUCUCAAUCCCCACAGAUAACACCUACAUCUUAUCCAUCACCUCCACUGACCUGGGUCGCAUCUUCAUGGCGGGAAAAGAUGGCUGCCUCUAUGAAAUAGCUUACCAGGCUGAGGCGGGAUGGCUGAGCCAGCGCUGCAGAAAAAUCAACCACUCCAAGAGCUCUCUGUCCUUCCUCAUCCCCUCUGUGCUCCAGUUCUCCUUCUCUGAGGAUGACCCCAUUGUGCAGAUCGCUAUCGACAACUCCCGCAACACUUUAUUCACACGCUCUGAGAAAGAUGUCCUGCAGGUUUAUGACCUUGGGGCUGACGGACAGGGUAUGAGUCGUGUUGCUACCAUGUCUCAAAGCACUAUUGUUGCUGCUGCUGGAAACAUAGCCAGGACAAUUGAUCGUUCAGUUUUCAAACCAAUCGUCCAGAUUUCUGUGAUUGACCGAUCGGAGUCCUCAGACUGUCACUUGCUCGCUGUCACUCAUGCAGGUGUUCGUCUCUACUUCAGCACUACACCUUUUGCCCCUCCUCUCCAGAAGCAUUUAGCAGUACGACCCAGCUUGCUAACGUUGGUCCACGUCCGUCUGCCACCUGGUUUUUCUGCGUCCUCUACCCUGCAGAAACCUUCAAAGGUCCAUAAGGCACUUUACAACAAAGGCGUUCUGCUGAUGGCUGCUUCUGAGAUGGAGGACAGUGACAUACUGUGGUGCAUCAACCACGACUCCUUCCCCUUUAAGAAACCCUUGAUGGAAACUCAGAUGAUGUCAAACGUAGACGGUCACACUUGGGCAAUUUGUGCUCUGAAUGAGGAGAGGCCAAGCAAGAUUGUAACUCCCCUGAACAAGGAUCAUAUCCCCAUAACAGAUUCACCUGUGGUGGUCCAACAGCACAAUAUCCCUCCACAGAAGUUUGUCCUUCUUUCUGCAAAGGGGAGCCACAUCUUCCAAAAACUGCGGCCUGUCGACCAGCUGCGCCACCUGCUGGUGAGCUGCGCAGGAGGAGAAAGUGAAGAUGUGGAGCGCUUCUUUAAACUACACAGGGAGGAGCAGGCUUGCGCCACAGCACUGAUCCUGGCUUGUUCUAGCGCUGCAUGUGACAGAGAGGUUUCUCAGUGGGCCACAAGAGCCUUCUUCAGAUACGGAGGAGAAGCACAGAUGAGAUUCCCCGCAGCCAUGACGUCUCCCAGCACAGUUGGGCCCGUGAUGAGCUCUCCAGCACCUGGUAUUGUUCCUCCAGCUUUGGCCACUCCUUUUGCACCCAUGCACACCGGCUCUGCCCCCAUCACACCCAUGUCAGCCGGCCCAGAGGUGAUUUUCUCAGGGAAGCACAACGGCAUCUGUAUCUACUUUGCUCGCAUCCUUGGAAAUAUUUGGGAUGGCAGCCUUGCUGUUGAGAAAACCAUAAGCAAAGGAUCCCAGACUGUCAGUAUUCUGGAAAGCAGCGUUAGUUUGUUUGAUCUGGAGUCUGUUCUCCUGGAGCUCUGCGGUUUGCGGGAGUUUCUGGAUAAAAACUCUCAGUUCAGUCCGUCCUCCCUUGGUGCUGCAAGUUUCAGCUCCCCUGCCAACUUGCAGCAAAGGCUGCUGGGAUUUAUGCGCCCUGACGGUGCCAACUCUCAGCAGGUCCAACAGGAGCUCCAGAGGAAAUAUCACACCAAGGCUCAGGUGUAUGAGAAAGUGUCCCUGCAGGGCAUCCAGCAGCUAGUGCAUCGCUCCUAUCAGACUCUGGCCCUCUGGAAGCUUCUCUGCGAUCAUCAGUUCAGCCUCAUUAUGUCUGAGCUGCCAAAGGAGUUUCAGGAGCAGAUGAAAGGAGCCAGUUUUAAGGAUGUCGUGAUCCGGGGCAAGGAGCUGUCUGGAGCGCUCGUCACGGCACUCAUUAACGUCUACAUCAAAGAUAGCGCCUCCGUGGACGCCAUCAGUAAUCACCUGAGAGACAUCUGUCCUCUACUGUACAGCAGUGAUGAUAGCGUUUGCUCCAAGGCUAAUGAGCUGCUGCAGAGCUCAAAGCAGAUUCAGAAUAAAGGAGAUAAAGAGAGAAAACUGCGGGAGUCUCUGCAGCUCUAUCAGCAGAUCAGCCAACACACAGACCUGCCUCUAGUCUGCUCCCAGUACAGACAAGUACGUUUCUACGAGGGGGUCCUUGAGUUGUGCCUCACAGCAGCAGACAAGAAGGAUCCACAGAGACUAGGACCCCAUUUCUACAAGAAUGGAGAGCCUGAGGACGACAAAGUGGGACAGCAGGCCUUCCAGGAAAGACUUUCGUGUUAUAAGUGCAUCACAGACACCAUGCAGGAGCUGGUGAACCAGAGCAAAGCAGCCCCUCAGUCCCCCAGCGUCCCAAAGCAGCCCGGUCCUCCCGUCAUGACCUCUGAUCCCAACAUGCUCAGCAACGAGGAAGCAACAGCUCACUUUGAGCAGAUCCUCGGCCUGGCCCAGAGGUCUCAGGACGAGCUGUUUCACAUCGCUCUCUACAACUGGCUGAUUCAGGCCGACCUGACAGACAAGCUGCUAGAGGUAAAUUCUCCAUACCUGGAAGAACACCUGAUGCAUAUGAUCAAGCAGGACCAGAGUAAGGUGCACAAUAUGGACCUGCUUUGGCGUUACUAUGAGAAGAACCGUAACUUUGGCAAGGCUGCUCAUGUGCUGGCCCGACUCGCUGACAUGCACAGCACUGAGAUCUCCUUAAAGCAGCGUUUGGAGUACAUCGCUCGAGCCAUCCUGUCUGCGAAGAGUUCCUCCUGUAUCUCCGCUCAGGCAUCUGAUGGAGAGUUUCUUCAUGAGCUGGAAGAAAAAAUGGAGCUGGUACGCAUCCAAGUACAGAUUCAGGAGACCCUAAUCAGACAGUACUCCCAUCAUCCUUCAGUGAAGAAUGUCAUCUCUCAGUUGGACUCUGAGCUCAUGGACAUCACCAAGCUCUAUGGGGAGUUUGCUGACCAUUUCAAACUGUCCGAGUGUAAGCUGGCUAUCAUUCACUGUGCGGGGCACUCUGACCCCAUCCUGGUGCAUUCACUGUGGCAGGAGAUCAUGGAGAAAGAACUCGGAGACUCGGUGGCCAUGAGUCCAGUCGACAGGAUGAGGUCCCUCAGUUUGAAACUGGUCUCACUGGGGAAGAUUUAUGCUGGAACACCAAGAUAUUUCCCUCUGGAGUUCCUAGUGAAGUUUCUGGAGCAGGAAGUGUGUCGACUGAAUUGGGAUGUGGGCUUCGUCACCUCCACGAUGCAGGAGAUUGGAGUACAGCUUCCACGCCUCCUGGAGGUCUAUGACCAGCUCUUCAAAACCCGGGACCCGUGUUGGCAGCGUCUGAAGAAACCUCUUCACCUGGUGGAGUGUAUCCACGUUCUUCUCUCGGGAUACGUGGAUGAUCCCAGCAGGGUGCCAACCUACGACAGGCGCCGCUUCACUAACGUUUGUCUCGACAACAUCUGUGGAUACCUGGUGGAGCUGCAGUCUCUGAGCCCGAACUCGGCCCUCCAACAAACCAUCGGGAACUUCAAGUCCCUGCAGGCCAAGCUGGAGAAGCUCCACUGACAUUACUCAUGACAUUUAAGGGACAGGUGACCUGUGGAUGUUGCACUGUUGGCCUUAAUUUAACAGCUGAUUAGACGCGGGAUCACAUGAUCACCACGUACAACAUGUUUGUAUUCAAACGCAGUUUUCCACCUUUUAUCUUCAGUCUGAAAUGUGUGCUUGCUUUUUAACAGGAGAGAGUGAAAUCUUCUGAUAAAGACGAGACUGAAGGGAAAAGUUUUAUAACUUAUUUAAUAGAUUUUGUUAUAAGUCUAAACAUAUAAUGCUGACAAACUAGGAGAGCAAGACAUCUGUUUUUCCUCAUAUCUAAAUAACUGGUGUCUAAAAUGAAAAGAAGAUAACUGUUUGUGAAAGCAUGAAAUAGCCAAACAAGAGUCUGUUUUCAUACACUGAGAUUGCACUUAUUGCUGAUUUAGGAUAUUUUCAUACCAUAAAAUCCCUUUUUGAUCACAGGAGAAUCUUUGAGGUUGUUCUGCCUUUGCCUCCAAACAAACAAUUCAGUGUAUGACGUUGUAAUUAUGUACAUAAGUCGGCCAUAGUGUCGUAUUUUCUACCAAAAGUGACGACACAGCUCAACAUUUUCAUGUCUUACUUAGAGUGAACGUUUUGUCUGAAAAUGUAACCGUGGAUGAGUGCGUUUGUGUUUUGUUGGAAUGAUUUUGUACACAGUGAAGUUCACAGCGCUUUACUGAAAACUUUUGCAUGUAUCGGCAAAAAAUUAUAUAACAUUUUUCUAAAGAAAUAAAACUUGUUUUCAUGUAUGAGCUUGUUUGGGUGUACUCAAAAUAUGCGGUCAUUGGUACAUAUUUGUGUUAAAUUUGACCAGUCAUUACCAGCUGAAAGGAGAAUUGAAAAUUAGCUGUGGCUUAAUGUGAUGCUGCAAAGGGAGCUCAAUAAUGUGCUUGUUGUCUUCACUGUUCAUGUUUUCAUAAUUAUCUUUAAUUAAAAAUGGCACUCAGGGUUUCCUACAGUCAUCAAAAACAGCAUUAAUUGCUGAAGGUCUUUUUCUCCAAUUAGCUAUGCACUCAACAGCACUAUUACAUUUAAUUUUUAGCCUCAUUAAAAAUAAAUUGCUUUUUUUUUU